UAUUUCGUAUGUCAUAGAGUGAUCAGUAUCAAUUCGAUAAAUGAAGUCAAAGGGCGUUGUUCUUGGAUUUGAAGAGGCGCAGAUAGUAAAAGAUGGCGUAGUGGAAGCGGAAAAGAUCCGCACUAUCGACGCAUGGCUGGACGGAACGGAUAUCCCUAGGCUCAGUGGGGAGCAGAUAAUUCUUUUCCUCGCAUCUUGCGAUAACAACGUUGAACUCGCGCAGGACGCCAUCGGGGAAUAUUAUCGGAUCAAGAGCAGUACACCUCAGCUGUUUGCUGAGAGGAGUGUGGAUUCGGAUGCUGUGCGAAGGGCCUUGAGUGCGGGGCGUAUGUGCACGUGGCGAGACGAAAGUGGCUGCGCCUUCGGUUACUACGACAUCAAAGUCGACUCAAAGUCUUGGGGUCUUGCAGAUGGCUUAAAGUUGAUGUUCAUGGCAUUUGAUUGUGCCCUCUAUGACGGUCCUCCCAAUGGACUACAACUACUAAUAGAUACUAAAGAGAUAACUUUGGCAAUUGUAGCGAAAUGCUUUUAUCCGGAUUUGCUGCGAACCGCCUUUAAGUAUUUCCUGCGGGCCUCGCCAGUGAAGCUGAAGAAAAUUCACAUGUUCAACACAUUCUCCAUUACUCGUCAAAUGAUACAAGUGGUCAGGCCGUUUAUGGACAAAAAGCUCUACGAGCAGUUCGUCUUCCAUCCGAGGGAUCUUCAGUGGGAAGAGUUUUACGAAAAAUAUGUGCCUAGGCGAUCGCUCCCGAGCGAUUUGGGAGGGGAUUUGCCUACAGUUGACGAUAUGCAACAGCAGAUGAUCGACAGAAUGGUGGAACUUGGCACGUACUAUGAAACCGAUGAGAAGUGGAUUAAAGGACUUCACUUCUAAAAAAUGCAUUGUAGAUAAUUAAACAAAGUAGCUUUAAUAUCUUAGUAGGCAUAGAAAACCCCAACCGCUGUCUUCAACAUGAUGGACGAGGAGGUAUUUCUCCACCACUACAAGGCAUAUUUCAACACCUUUGCUAGAGGAAUACAACGUGCGAAGAUGUGUUUCAGCUCCUAAUGCAUCGUCAGCAAACCCUUGUAAACAUUU